CGGCUGGACUGAAUUCCUACUUCAACACUUGUUUUGGUGCCACAUUUCGUUUUAGAUCUGUACUGGUUCAGCAUGAGUUCGGAGGAGAUUUGGAAGAGCCUGGUGAACAACAAGACGCUGGAUCCCGAUCAAGUCCACACCUUCUACACUCAAUGGGCAAAAUCGUACGAUCAUGACAUGGAGGAGAUCACGGUCAUUGCCCUCAGUCGGCUCAGCGACAUAAUUCGGGAACACUUUCCAAGUAAUCAACGAUCGGAAGCCUUGGUUUUGGACGUGGCGGCUGGAACCGGUCGGUUAGGGCCUCACUUGGCUGGAAUCGGAUUUAAACAUAUGGAUGCUGUGGAUUAUAGCCAGCCCAUGCUGGAUGUUUUAGAAAAGUUGGAUUUAUACAACAAAAAAAUAUGUGCCGCUUUGGGGAGUGGGCGUAAGAUUCCUGGGAUUGAGGAUGAGUCCUACGACGUGGUUACGAUCUCCGGCGGAUUUUGUCAAGCCCAUUUACCCAUCGACUCUUUGGAAGAAGUUGUGCGCGUUUUGAAACCAGGCGGCUAUUUCUUUAACGCGAUGACCAAGUACUAUUUGGAUAGCGUGGACUCGCUGCAUGGCCUGGAACCUUUGAUGAGGCAAAUGGAAACGGACGGCAAGUGGCUCAUGAGAGCAAGACUCGUUCAAGAUCACGUUAUUGGUGGGAAACAAGGCUUGUUUCAUGUGUUCCAAAAGUUGUGACAAAAAAUACGCCUAACGGAAGGCCCUGAAUCUCUGUAGCUAAGAUACAGGACGGACGUUCAUGUGAAUGUUCUCUUUAUUACAUUUACAUCAUGCUGAGACGUCUGAAAUUUAUUGCUGUUUAUCAACACCCGCAACUUCUGAGAUUGGGCCAAUUUACGAGCAACGAGCCACCAGUGUGUGUGAUUCCUCUUUCGUCCAUUUCGUUUCUAUUAAAGUAUGCUCCAGAGCACAAGCUAAACUACACUCCUGAAGUGUUCUAUUAACAAGGGGGAGCCUAUUUUUUGUCCUAGCCUCUCAUACUCAUUCAAAUCAUUUUCAUUAGUCAUGACUGAAAGCCUAUCUUAAUUAAAGUUACUACACCCGGCUUUCCUACCAGUCUUUGAAAAAGGGACAAAAGUGAUGAAAGGUACAAUAUGUCAUGUUAUAAUAAUCAAAUGUGAAUCCCUUGAUGAUAACUACGUAGCAAAGGGCAAAUCAUGUAAAAUCAAUUGUUGUCACUAAAGCCCACUUUCUUCACGCAUUUGCCCUUUUCGCCUUAUUUACACUUUUUCACUUUUAUCCUAUACUAUUUUGCAAAUUAGGACUAAGCAUUAAGUUUGAGUUAAAAUUGGUGCAUUUUUUUCCUUAGAAUUAAUUGAUGAUACAGUUUGUAAUCAAUGGCUGCCGUCGAAAUAUAUGUGUGGAAAGUUGGAUGUUGAACAAUGGGGCACCCCCACGUGGUUUCGUGAACGCAAAUUUUGAAAUGCGACAGUACUAAAUUUUACCCAGUCGCAUUUCAAGAUGUGCGUUCACGACACUAUCUGAUACUCGCAGGAGGUGCAACUGGGUACAAAUCGCAUCUCAAAAUAUGCACUCACGAAACCAUGCGGGGGAGCCCCAUUGACGACAAUUAUUAUUUUAUGAGAGCCAAAAGUACUUCAUUUUAUCAUUUUUAUGGGUAUCACACCAUGACUCUUACAGUGUCUGGGUGAGAAUAACUAUUUUCAGCCGUCUAGUUCUGCUUGUCCCUAACACAGAUUGAUUUACAGAAUUUUCAAAAUCAUUUCCAAAAUCACUUUGUCAUUAUUUUUGGAAUAAUUGAAAGUAAUAAUACAAAAAUGUCAAAUCUUCCAAGCAAAACAUUUAAUCUUGACUUAGCAAUCAAAUAGUCAAUGUUUGGCUUCCAAAUGCGAUUAAAAACCAGCUAUUUCAAACAUAAAACAUCGUCCAUUCUGUCCAGGUGCUGGCAAAUUGAAAAUGCUCACAGAUAGUAGAUCUGUUGUGGCACGGAUCUUCAUUGAUGUCGUUUUUAACCGAGCUCAUAUUGUGGCAUACAUUCAACAUUAGCAAAAACAUUUAUAGCAAAUAGUAUGUAUAUGUAUUGUAUUGUUUGUUUGUUUGUUUGUUACGAAGUCAGAUGGCAGCUCUCUCGCUCGGCCUGCCAUCUGAUUGAUGGGUGUCCCAGUUGAGGGAUAUUCCCGCUUCGUCAUCACAGCCCAACAUUAAUUAUUAAUUCACCCUCGGGAAUGACCGCAGGUUCGCCCAUUUAAGUUGAUAAAGCAGCAACUCAUGCCGUAAUUUAAAUACCCCAAAGAAGCUUGGAUUUGGCAAGCCUGGGAUCGAACCAGGAUUCGCAAAUUAGAAAGCGGAUGCUCUACAAAAAAAUGCUCUUGAUCGAAAAUCAGAGUUGUUGGCCAAUUUUUGUAUUAUGUUCAUUUGCCACUCCUGUUUUAGCUCGCUGCAAGAGUCAAGCGAUAAGACCCGGCUAAAUCAUCCAGUUCAAAGUCUGUUACAAGAACUAAACCGAGCUCGGUCAAACAUUCAUUCAUUGAUUCAUUCAUUCUGGAAAUCGAUCCCAUUGCCAAUUGAAAAACGAGCCUUUCGUUUGUCCAACAUGAGUGAAUCCUCGUUCCGAGAUGGAUGGGCCGAUCUCAUGGGCUCGGAACACAUCACGAAGGAGAAAGUCCUCGACCAUUAUGCACAAAAUGCAGAAAACUACGAUGAACAUUUACGCCAAAUUCAAUCCACCGGCCCGACCCGAAUCGCCGAGAAAUUAGCUCAACAGGUUCCACUUGAGGAACGGUCCCACUUUGAUAUUCUGGACGUGGCAGCAGGAACAGGUCGAGUCGGAGAGGCCCUGGUGGAAAAGCAAUUUGGUACCAUUGACGCCUUAGAUCCCAGUCAGCCAUUGUUGGCGAAACUCGAGGCCAAGGGGAUUUAUCGUCGUGUUUUCUGCACCUUCUUGGGUAACGGACACAAUGCACCCGUGGAAGAUGGGGCCUAUGAUGGGGUAGUGAUUUCGGGUGGCUUCUCCAAGGAACACCUUCCUAUUGAGGUCUUGGACGAAAUCAUCAGGAUCCUAAAGCCAGGUGGAUUCUUUGUGAAUGGCAUGACUGCAAGUUAUAUCAAAUUUCCCGAGUUGCUGGGCUUGGAACCCAAAAUGGACCAACUGGAACAGGCUAAGAAAUGGGUCAAAAUUUCUCGCGAGGUCCAAAGUGGUUCUACCAUUCAUGCAGCGGGGCUUUAUCAUGUGUACAAAAAGCUUUAGGCUAACAUCUCGGAAUGCAUCUGUUAUUGAUUCGGUUAAGUUAUGUAUGACUUUUUGGUUACUUCAAUGAAUAUAAGCUCAUGGUUAUA